AUGCAAUGUUCCGCUCUCAGAAAGAACGGACACGUUGUCAUCAAGGGUCGUCCCUGUAAGAUUGUUGACAUGUCUACCUCCAAGACUGGUAAGCACGGUCACGCCAAGGUCCACUUGGUUGCCAUUGAUAUCUUCACCAACAAGAAGUUGGAAGAUUUGUCUCCCUCUACCCACAACAUGGAGGUCCCCAACGUCACCCGUACUGAGUACACCCUCGUUAACAUCGACGACGACUACCUCAACCUUUUGGACGCUGACAACAACUCCAAGGACGAUGUCAAGGUCCCCGAGGGUGAGCUUGGUCAAAAGAUCCAAGCCGACUUCGACGACGGAAAGGAUCUCCUUGUCACCAUCAUCUCUGCCAUGGGUGAGGAGGCUGCCAUCUCCUACAAGGAGGCCCCCAAGUCCGGUUAA